AUGAGCCAGCCAGAGCGUGACAACUGCUCAUUCGAUUCCGUGGAUAAGCUGACCAGUACCUUGCAGCUGGCAGUCCAUAUCCCCACCUUCCUCCUUGGCCUGGUUCUCAACCUACUGGCCAUCCGAGGCUUCAGUGCCUUCCUAAAGAAGAGGAAGCUGGAAUACAUCGCCACUUCUAUCUACAUGAUCAACUUAGCUGUUUUCGAUUUACUGCUGGUGCUCUCCCUCCCAUUCAAGAUGGUCCUGCCACAAGUGGAGUCCCCCUCGCCGGCCUUCUGCACUCUGGUGGAGUGCCUCUACUUCAUCAGCAUGUAUGGGAGUGUCUUCACCAUCUGCUUCAUCAGCCUGGACAGGUUCCUGGCCAUCCAGUACCCGAUCCUGGCCAACCACCUCCGGUCGCCCAGGAAGACCUUUGGGAUCUGCUGCAUCAUCUGGAUGCUGGUCUGGAUCGGAAGCAUCCCCAUCUACACCUUCCACAGGGAAGUGGAGAGAUACAAGUGCUUUCACAACAUGUCGGAUGGCACCUGGAGUGCCAGUGUCUUCUUCCCCCUGGAGAUCUUUGGCUUCCUCCUUCCCAUGGGCAUCAUGGGCUUCUGUUCCUAUAGGAGUAUUCACAUCCUGCUGCGCCGUCCAGACAGCACUGAGGACUGGGUCCAACAGAGAGACACUAAGGGCUGGGUUCAAAAGAGAGCCUGCAUCUGGACCAUUGCUACCAAUCUUGUCAUCUUUGUGGUCUCCUUUCUCCCAGUGCACUUGGGCUUCUUCCUGCAGUAUCUGGUGAGGAACCACUUUAUCUUGGAUUGCAGAAUGAAGCAGGGCAUCAGCUUGUUCCUGCAGUUGUCUCUGUGUUUCUCCAACAUCAACUGCUGCCUUGAUGUUUUCUGCUACUACUUUGUCAUCAAAGAAUUUCACAUGAACAUCAAGGCCCACCGGCCCUCCACAAUCCAGCUGAUCAAUCAGGAUACCAUGGUCUCCAGGGGCUAAGAGAAGGUACCUCUCUCAAGGGAAGGAAACACAGUCCUAAAUUCUCAUAAAGACCCUCCUGGGCUUGUCUUUUGACACUCGCUGAGUACCAUCUUUGUUCUUUAUACUCCUACAACCUUUUCACAUCACCUGGACGGGUGACAGAUGUCACACUUGUUUUGGGUUUGGUA